AUGGAGGGUGGGGGCGGGGGCGGGGCGCCGGUUUCGCCUAUUGCGGGCGGCGCGCGGCGGCACAAGGUGCUCGCGCCGUGGCGCUUCCAGAGCGGCUUCGUGCGGCGGGAGAUGAACGCCGGCGUUGUUUCCGAUGGGAAGCGUGGCGGCUUGGAGACGCUCCAGAUGAGCUGCCAGACGGCGACGAGUGACGAGCCCUCCGUCUCCCUGAACGACGGAAGCGGCGUGGAUGGGGAGAGUCCAGCGACCGAUGGGGAAAUCGAGGUUCCGAAUAACAGAGGUGGCGGAGCGGUAGACGGAGAGAAUCGCGGCUUGGGUGGUGUCGACGGCAAUCCGGCUGCCAAAGAGGGCGAUUCACUACCCAAAGAUGGCGAAUUUCCUGUGGACCUUGAGAACGACAUAGUCACAGUAGAUCCCCAUGGGAUGGCCAAACCUAGUGAUCUCCCGGGUUUUCAGAACAAUGGCCCUGCCGAGGAGACCAAUUUGGCAGUGAACAACUCAGAGGGUUUCAUGACCAGUGAGGGCACUGUACCAGGUUGCAGAAAGGGGCGCAAGGCUGUUGUGCCAUGGAGGUUCCAGAUCGGGUACCAGCCCAAGUGGUCACGAGAUUUGUUCUCAGGAAAUAGAUCUAAUGGAGAAGCUGAAGAUCCAACAUCCAAGGUCGGAGAUGGAUCAAGGAAGGCUGCUCCUGCCAUGGCACGCAACCACUCUCGUCUCAAAGGUUCAGCUACUAGUGGACGAUCUUCAGUGAGAAUUCCUAAAGGAACUGGUUCAGCACCAAAGAAGAGGAAAGUUGACAAGGAUGACCAGUAUGAAGCGAUGGCAAAUAACAGAAUUUCCGUGGUCAGAGAAAAUGUAUUGACUACGUUGCGGGAGUUCCGGAUAGUUUACAAGAAGCUCCUGGAGGAAGAACAGAUCAAGUGGAGGGAAAGGGGGCAUGGUCUGAGCCCUGAUCUUGCAGCUUUCAAUAUUUUUAGGGAGAGAUUUUGUGCCAAUUACGAUGACCUGAAGUAUGACGGAAGCAUUCCUGGAGUUCGUAUUGGUGAUGUGUUCAAUUCUGUCAUGGAGCUUUACACUGUUGGUAUACACCGUGCACAAUCGUUAGCAGUUGAUCACAUCAGAAAGAAGGAUGGGACGUGUCUAGCUGUUAGUGUUGUGUCGUAUGCACAACCUUCUGCUUUUGAUAGUUUGGAUUUCCUGUUAUACGUUGGAUCAGUGACUGACACGUGUGAUCAGGAAAUGGAAGGAACUGACAUGGCACUAAAAGAGAGUAUGGACACUGAUACCCCUGUCCGCGUUAUCCAUGCAGUGGUAACGGAGCUAGGUGAUGACUGCCAACCCAAACAGCUUACUAGUUAUGUAUAUGGUGGUUUAUACUCGGUUGAGAAAUUCAACAGAGAAAAAACAUCAGGAAGUCAGUAUGUUAGUAUUUUUCAUCUAAGAAGAAUGGCAGAGCAGCAACACAUCGACCUACAAGUUUUGAAAACUAAAAUGCCGGAAUCAUUUGCUGGCACUUUCAUUGUAGACAUGUCUGGAGGUCUUGAGAAGGUUCCUAUUUCUGCUAUUAACUCUAUAUCAAAUGAGUACCUGACAACAUUUCACUACAUUUCACAAAUACAGUAUCCCCUAAAGUACAGGCCAGAUCCUCCAUCAGGUUGUGACUGUGUUGGUGGGUGUUCACUCUCUCAAAAAUGUGCAUGCGCGGUAAAAAAUGGCGGGGGCUUCCAUUUCAACGAUAUUGGUGGACUUACGGAAGGAAAACCUCUUAUUUAUGAGUGUGGAUCAUCAUGCAAGUUUCCUCCUACUUGUCGCAAUAGAGUUAGCCAGCAUGGAAUCAAGUUUCGCCUCCAGGUCUUCAAAACCAAGUCAAUGGGGUGGGGAGUAAGAACUCUUGACUUCAUACCAGAUGGAAGUUUUGUAUGCGAAUACGUAGGAGAGCUAUUGACGGAUGAAGAUGCCCAGGAGAGAAAGAAUGAUGAAUACCUAUUUGCUAUUGGGAAUAGCUAUUAUGAUGCACCUCAUUGGAAGGCCGAGAUCAAGGCUAUUCCCUCUCUUCAGAAUGGCCCUAGUGAAGAUGACGAAACUGUCUUUGCUGUUGAUGCAUUGAACCAGGGCAAUUUCGCAAGGUUCAUCAAUCAUUGUUGCACCCCGAACCUUUUCCCGCAGAAUGUCCUCCAUGACCAUGACAAUAUAAGUAUGCCUCACAUCAUGUUUUUUGCUAGUGAGGAUAUUCCUCCCCUUAAAGAGCUAUCGUAUGAUUACAAUUAUCAAAUAGAUAAGGUUUAUGAUUCUGAUGGUAACAUUAAGAUGAAAGAAUGUUUUUGUGGGUCUAAUGAAUGCAAUGGACGGUUGUAUUAA